UUAUGUUAUUGCAGAUUGUAUAAAUCCCGGAUGCACAUCGUUCUGUAUUGCGUAUCUUAAAUAGGCAUCAAAUUGGGAAGGAUAACAAACGCUCAUCUGUCGUACAUCUGACAACCAUCUCAUCCAAUUAUACCAGCUGACUUGUUUCCAAUCAUGCCGAGCUUGAGCACGCAAUCGAGCAAGACAUCGCUGUCAUGGCCGGGACAUCCCAUGGCCGCAGGUAGCUACAUGCUUCAGGCAGCUCAAGAACCUAUCCUGGUGACCCACACCAAUUUCCAGGGUACAGCGCCCCCCAGUCGCUCCUGCAGUGCAAACAGUGACCGCGCCCGAUCAAAUGCUAGUGGCCACGCCCGAUCACCAACUACUGACCGCACCUUUAGCCACACCAGCACUAGGAACACCUCCAACGGUACGCAUUACAGGUGCUUCUGCACAGCGGCCGUCUUGUGCUCACUCCUCGCUGUGAGCCUCCUCAUCGCUGGUUUGGUUUUCCUGCUCGAUGGUGUCGCGUCGACGUCCAGAACGAUGGGCAUCAUCCUCGUCGUCGUUGCUACAUUAGUGACAAUAUGUGCCUUGGUCAUAUGGAGAUACACGUGUCAGCGGCACAAGAUAGUCAAGGAAACGCAACAAGACGUAACCUUAAAGUCCGUUAAAUCCAACAACAGUCCAUCUUACGUAGCGCGGGAAAUAUAUCUCUAGCUAAAAAUGGCAUGUGAUUGCGAAAGACUUAAUUGAAUUUAUAAUAAUUUGUAACAAACUUCGACUUCUGUUAACCUGGGUCAGAAAUAACGGUAUUCUGUUUUAUCAAGCAGUACUAGUGAUUUGGAGCGUUACGUCACAUCAGGAGUUUACAUAACGCUCUGUUGUCUCGCCAGUCAAUUAUGUUCUCUUUUGUUUCCAACCAGUUAGUGUUUUGGGGAGAGUUGUUUCCAAGAAAAGCAUUUUAAUGUUAAA